UCUUUAUAGGUUCUUAUCUGUCGGAAUUACCGUGGAGAUGUGGACAUGUCAGAGGUGGAGCAUUUUAUGCCAAUCCUUAUGGAAAAGGAAGAAGAGGGGACACUUUCUCCUAUUCUAGCACAUGGAGGAGUUCGUUUUAUGUGGAUUAAACAUAACAACCUGUAUCUUGUUGCAACUUCUAAGAAAAAUGCUUGUGUAUCACUGGUGUUUUCAUUUUUAUAUAAAGUAGUUCAGGUUUUUUCUGAAUAUUUCAAGGAGUUGGAAGAAGAGAGCAUUAGGGAUAAUUUUGUUAUUAUUUAUGAGUUGUUAGAUGAGCUUAUGGAUUUUGGUUAUCCACAAACCACUGAUAGUAAAAUUUUACAAGAAUACAUCACUCAGGAAGGUCAUAAACUUGAAACUGGAGCUCCACGUCCACCUGCCACAGUUACAAAUGCUGUUUCAUGGAGAUCAGAAGGGAUAAAAUAUAGGAAAAAUGAGGUGUUCCUGGAUGUUAUAGAGUCCGUUAACCUUUUGGUCAGUGCCAACGGAAACGUGUUACGGAGUGAGAUCGUUGGAUCCAUUAAAAUGCGAGUCUUUCUCUCGGGAAUGCCAGAGCUGCGCCUUGGUUUAAAUGACAAAGUUCUCUUUGAUAAUACAGGCCGUGGGAAAAGUAAAUCAGUAGAACUGGAAGAUGUAAAGUUUCACCAGUGUGUUCGUCUCUCUCGCUUUGAAAACGACAGGACAAUUUCUUUCAUUCCCCCUGAUGGAGAGUUUGAACUCAUGUCGUAUCGUCUAAAUACUCAUGUAAAACCACUGAUCUGGAUUGAGUCUGUGAUUGAAAAACAUUCCCACAGCCGCAUCGAAUACAUGAUCAAGGCAAAAAGUCAAUUUAAGCGUAGAUCAACUGCCAACAAUGUGGAGAUUCACAUUCCAGUUCCAAACGAUGCGGACUCGCCAAAGUUUAAAACCACUGUUGGAAGUGUCAAAUGGGUUCCAGAGAACAGUGAAAUUGUCUGGUCCAUUAAAUCUUUUCCAGGUGGAAAAGAAUACCUGAUGAGAGCUCACUUCGGACUUCCAAGUGUUGAAGCUGAAGAUAAGGAAGGAAAACCUCCCAUUAGUGUAAAGUUUGAGAUUCCGUAUUUCACCACUUCAGGAAUCCAGGUUCGUUACUUGAAGAUAAUUGAGAAGAGUGGCUAUCAGGCUCUCCCCUGGGUUCGUUACAUCACCCAGAACGGAGACUACCAGCUUCGAACACAGUAAAACACCUCGCAAGCACCACAGACGACAAAAACUUCAGGCCUAGAAUUUGUUUGCAGAAGCUUCUGUGGUACUGAGAGCUGUGAAUGUUGUUGCCAAGGGUCUUGUUUCUGCAAUCUUGGGAUUGGCAGGAGAAAGAUUGGAAAAUUAACUGUUUUCAGUAAUGUGUUUGAGCAUUUGAACCAUUAGUAUUGAUUGCGUGAAUAUUUAUUUCAUUCUUAGAACAUGCUGAUCUUGCUGCUAAAUGCUAAUUACAUUAGGAGUAGCAGUUACCUUGAGGAGCCAGGAAUACAGAAUGAACCUUGAGAAUGUUUUGUCAAUGCCUUGUCCGUUACACUCAUAAAAUUUCUAGUAUUUGUAUUUUAGGAUCUCUAAAGACAUUGGCAGCAUUAUGCUACAAAUUAGGGAGAUGAUUGUGCAAUUAAAUGACUGCUGAACACUUAGUUGUAUUUAGCCCAAGGUAUUUAUUUUUUUUUCUGGGCAUAUGGGUGCCUUAACUCAUUCAAAGCUCUGUUAACUUAUAAAAAAAUUACAGAAUAUGAGUUAAAAGUAUCUCAAGUCCAAAAAUACUAUUUGCUCUUUUUGCAUGGUUUCAAACCAGUUAAUCUGACAGAACAACUUCAAGUGAAGGGUUUGGAAACAAAAAAAUAUGGGUUUGUUAAAGACAAAGUUAACUGAGAACAAGAGAUCACAGAAGUAAAUGUCUAUGGGAACACCUCUGUGGAAGCACGAUGAUUGCUAGCUCAAGAUAGUGGAAACGCAGAUGGAAGAGUUUCAACCCUGUAAUACCCCUAGGGCAUGGAAACCCUAUGCCAAUUGACUAGUAUUUGCCUUUUUUUUUUUUUUAAUUUCUAUUUGUAAUACAAGUUCAAAACUGUAAUAUGUAGGCAUAAGACCUUAGAUUAAUUAUUUAAAACAGACCAAAA